AUGUUCUUGUGGCGGAUCAAAGACAACCGGCCAGAAAGAAGAAUGUCUUAUUCAUCUCUUCCAUCAAUAGCCGCUCUAAGAUCUCCAAAAUUCCUCAUGACCUCCAACACCAGUUAUAGAAAGGCUGAGAAUUUGAAGAAACAACGAAAGAUUGAAAUAUUUAAGAGUCUAGAGAGGGAGUGGGCAGAGGAGAAUCUAUUAGUUCAUUUGAAGCCUGUUGAGAAAUGUUGGCAACCCCAGGACUUUCUUCCAAAUCCCUCCUCUGAUGAAUUCGAAUACCAAGUUGAGGAACUAAGGGAAAAAGCAAAGGAGAUUCCAGACGAUUAUUUCGUAGUUUUGGUUGGCGAUAUGAUAACGGAAGAAGCUCUCCCCACUUACCAAACGUUUCUCAAUUCGCACUACGGCGUUCGGGAUGAGACGGGGUCAAGCCCUACUUCGUGGGCCAUUUGGACAAGGGCUUGGACCGCCGAAGAGAAUAGGCAUGGAGACCUCCUCAACAAGUAUCUAUAUUUGUCUGGUCGAGUUGACAUGAAGCAAAUUGAGAAGUCCAUUCAAUACCUCAUUGGUUCUGGAAUGAACGUUCAAACAGAGAACAACCCUUACCUUGGGUUCAUCUAUACGUCCUUCCAAGAACGUGCAACAUUCAUAUCUCACGGAAACACGGCCCGACUAGCCAAACAACAUGGAGACAUCAAACUCGCUCAAAUAUGCGGCACGAUUGCCGCAGACGAGAAGCGUCACGAAAUUGCCUACACAAAAAUAGUGGAGAAGCUAUUUGUGAUCGACCCGGAUGAGACAAUCAUCUCUUUGGCGGACAUGAUGAGGAAGAAGAUAACAAUGCCGGCCCACUUGAUGUACGACAGUUGUGACGAAAAGAUUUUUGAUAAUUUUUCGUGUGUUGCUCAGCGGUUGGGCGUCUACACUGCUAAGGAUUAUGCGGAUAUUUUGGAAUUCUUGGUUGGAGCGUGGAAAGUGGAGAAGCUAGAUGGGCUUUCAGGUGAUGGACGAAAAGCUCAGGAUUAUGUUUGUGGAUUGGCUCCAAAGAUUCGAAGGCUAGAGGAAAGGGCACAAAGUAGAGUUAAGAAAGUGCUUAACAUUCCUUUUAGUUGGAUAUUUAAUCGAGUAGUGAAGAUAUGA